AUGCGGGCUGGCCGGCCCUCCGGAGGACACAGACGGGAGCCGUCCGGGGUGGCGCAAGGGCAAACGGCCCGGAGUUACUUGUCCAGGGCUUGGGGCAGGCCGAGGAAAGCACGCGCACGUCCUCGCCACGGUUACUGCGGCCCCGCACGCGCGGGUGCAGGCGAGCCUGCGGCGCUCGGACACAGCAGACCGACGGGCCGCCCUCGUCUACCAGCCUCGGUUCACAGCCCGUCACAGGGCGCCCGCGCGUGGCUCACGCGGACCCUCCGAAAACGCCGCUCCGACGCGCGAGGGCGACUCCCAGGGACCGCGCCAUGCACGGACGCCGCACUCUGGAAAGGCCCGCACGGCGAGGGCUCGGGUGGGAGCCACAGCUCCGGGCUCCCGCGAAAUCUAAGCCGCCCCAGGGGCUCCCGCGCGCCAACGCCGCGUCCCGCUCUCGGCAGGAAAGGGUCUGGGACGGCCCUUCCUGGGGUCUCGUCCGAGCCGCGCACCCUCGGGCAGGUCACAGAGCGGCCCGGCGGUGCCGGAAGAGCGCUGCGACUCCGAAUCGGGGAACGCCCCGACCCAGGCCGGAGUUCAGCAGCUGAAGAACACCCAGUGCUCGCGGCGUCGACGCGCGUCCCGGACCUUCACCAAGCCACGCGCCUCGGGCCUGUCGCGUGCGGCAGCGGCGCGGACACGCGUGACAGGCAGCGCGGAGGGGCCGCCCGCACAAACGCGCGCCGCAAACCUGGGUACGAGGCGCCCCCGGGAUCUCACGCAGCUCCUGCCCCAAGUCCGCCCUCGCCGCCGGGAGCCGGCCAACCGCUGACCCGACGCAGCUCUGGGUCACACAGCCCCACAGGUGCCCGGGGUCCCGUCCGGCCCCCGGGGCGGCACCGCGUCCCCUUCUGCGCGCGGGAAGACCACCGGCCCCAACCCAACGACCCGCGUCGGUCCGCCGGGCCGCUCCGGGCGGAGACGCGAGCAUCUCCGACCUCCGACCCGGGAGGACCGGCGCUUCCACAGCCGGACGCGCGGCGGGCCCCGAGGCGCAGCCCCGCCGACUGCAGCCCCGCCACCGCCCCCGGCGCCCCCGGACGCCGCCGCCCCCCGUGCCCCCGCGCGCUCGCUGACAGCGCGCCGAUCGCGCCCCGAGAAAGCCCUCAGACGGCCGCCGGGUGA